GAACACAUGGCUGUAAACACUGGUAGGCUCCCAGGCUUUCACUUCAUUACCACCACCACCAGUUUGUUUAUUCGGAUAUUAUCGGCUACUUGACGCUGCAUUUUCUGCAAAGAGUCGGGUGCCUGGACUACAUUUCCUGUUUGCUGCUGGAACUUGUUUACAAAAUCUUUCAUUUAAUUCAAUGGCGUCUUCAAAGGACAGUCACGGUGACCUUGAUGCAAUCCACCAUGGAGGGAGUAUUAAGCGUGCGCCAGAACCGGAGACAACAGAACCCCAGACAAAACGUAUUCAUUUGGAUGGCUUAGCUGAAACAAAUGGCAGGGAGAUUGUCAGAAGAAAACGCAGGAAAUAUGCGUUGCUCCUUGCCUACUCCGGAAAAGGUUAUUUGGGCAUGCAAAGAAACCCUGGCUAUCGCACCAUAGAAGAUGACUUGUUAACAGCCAUGUUACGUGCUGACCUGGUAACCGACGAAGGGUGUACGUGCCCUCAGAUAUUCCACUUUCAACGUGCCGCACGGACAGACAAAGGUGUUUCUGCAGCGCGUCAAGUAAUAUCACUCAAGCUUCCUGAGGAUGUACCAGAUAUGGUCGGUGCUAUCAAUGAACACCUCUGUUCUCAGAUACGUGUGAUGGCUAUUCGUCGCACAACUAAAAGCUUCAAUUGCAAGUCGUGGUGUGACUCGCGCACUUACUCGUAUAUGUGUCCUUCUUUUGCUUUUGCUCCUUUAACAGAAAUAAUGAAUGAGGACUACCGUAUUACUCCCGAGGUUUUGGAACAACUUAAAGCCACUUUGGAAUUGUAUAAAGGCACUCACAAUUUCCACAAUUUCACGGCCCGAAAAAAAGCCCAGGAUGCAAGUGCGAACCGCUAUAUCAUGGACAUAGACUGUGGUGAGCCGUUUGAGCGUGAUGGCUUGGAAUGGCUCGUUAUCAAAAUUAAAGGUCAAAGUUUUAUGUUGCACCAGAUUCGCAAAAUGAUUGGUUUGACAAUGGCCAUCAGUCAGGGGCUUGCUCAGGCUGACAUCAUCACCAGGGCUUGGGGGAAGGACCGUGUGGAUGUUCCCAUUGCUCCUGGGCUUGGCUUAGUACUGGAGGAGCCACACUAUGACAAAUACAAUAAGAGAUAUGGAACUGAUGGCAUCCAUGAGCCGCUCAACUGGGAUGAAGCAGCACAGAAGAUCCAGGAAUUCCGCAAAAAAUAUAUUGACUCUUCGAUAGUUAACACGGAGAUCAAGGAAAAGCCAAUGCUCAAGUGGAUGGCAACACUGCCCCUUCAUAAAUUCAACAUAUCCGAGGUUUCAUCAGGAAAUGAUGAACAACUUGAAAACUCAAGUCAGGCAAGGACACCUUUGGGUCAUGCAGCAGCAAGGCUGGCAAAGUUCCGGGAAGCGGAGAGUCAGGACAGAGGUAGUGAUGAUGAUGCCGAGGAUGAGGACGAAGGGGACCUGGACCAGUAUAGAGUAGUCCCUGUGGUGAAGGUGGUGGAAGCUGUGCCACAAGAAGCAGAUUUGUGUGUGAAUGGAUCUGAUAAGCAUGUGGCAAAUGUGGAAAAUGGUGUAGGAGAUGAAAGUGCAAACAAGACUGGGAAGGAUGUUGGUAAUGUAGAAGAAGAGAGUAUUACAGACAAUAAAGAAAAGGUGUAUGACGAGAGUAGUGGAUAGAAAAAGUCGCUGUUUAUCUCGUGGGUAACAUUUAUGUACUGGUAGAUGAAUUGAGGAGGUACAAACGUCAAAUUGGAGAGGUGAGUAAGCUAGACAAAUAGCUCCUCAUUUGUCCUGUCGCCCUAAUAUAUAUGGAUUUUUUUGAGGGUUGAAGGCCCAAUGCUAGACCCUUUCAGUUGUUCUGUGCCUCCAAUGUCUCUAGUAAAGAACAUUCUUGGUAAAAGCAAGAGGCUCCUCUGAAGCAUGAUUCAUUUUUUGGUCAUUAAGCCUGUAUUAAUGUUGAUAUAAUAAUGCUAGCUAAAUAUUUAAAAAUUGGUAAUUUUUAAUGUUGAUAUGUUUUUUUUAUAAAUUUCAAAUCUUUAUCAAACUAUAUUAAACUAUGUGUCUUUGUAUAGUUAAAAAUGAAAAUUAUAAUGAGCGUUACAAAAUUAAUGAAUAUAUGUGUACUGUAUAUCAAAAUCCAUGUAUGAAUAUUGUAAAUUCAAAUUUUUAUGAAUAAUUCAGAAGGUAUGUUUAUAUUUGCUUUAAUAUAUGAAUGUAUGAAA